UUGUUUUCUUUACAAGAUAUAGUGGUGCAUACCGCAACUAACUGAAUUUCGGGUUGGAUGUAAAAAUCGUUGAUCAACUGAAAGCAUUGUUAACUAAAAUGCUUGUAUUUGUUAUAUUUCUCGCUUGUGUCGCGUUAUCGGAAUGUUCCUAUGAAGAAGCCAUCCUACAGAAACUGUUAAAGUUUGAAAAUGUUGUGCAAAAGAUGAACAACGAAAUUACCACAUUAAAGAAACAGGUAGACACUCUGAAAGGAAAUCAACAUAUGACAGACUCUGUCCGUACUCAAACGGUAGCGUUUCAUGCUAAAGAUGUCAUCAAUAUUGCUCCAACUGUCGGACAGAAUUUCAUAUUCAAAACUAACUUGUUCAACUUUGGAGAUGGGUAUGACAACCAAACUGGCAUUUUUACUGCACCUAGAAAUGGCACAUAUCUUUUUACAAUCCACUUUUGCACGACCGAUAGCCUCCAUCUUCAUUACGAGAUCACUAUGAAUGGAACUCCAUUGAAGCGAGGCUGGUUUGGCAAAUCAGUUAAUUGUUUUACAACAACUGCAAUUUCUGUGCUAGAGUCAGGAGAUGGUGUAUGGAUGAAACUAAUAUCGUCGCCUACUAAACUGUACAAUAGUGAAUUUUGGUACAACUCGUUUAGUGGAACAAUUAUCAAUAGCUAAAUUUCUGCAAGCUCCUGAUCAUUCAAAUUAUCUUUCAAAGGUGUCUUAAUUUUAUUCUUUAAUAUGUUUCUUAUCACUAAAUCAUGAUGUGUGUUAUUUCUUGCUUCUAUAACUUUAAUUAUUAUAUACGUAUAAAUGAAAUAUUGAGAAAUAUUGAUGAAAUAAAAUGCGUAUUUUCAU